CUCCGAUAUAUCACAGAUACAAAAUAAAUUAAUUUUUGAACAAAAACAUCAUCAAAAUAAGGAAGCGGAAUGGGAGAGGGAACGACUUGAAUUAAUUCAAAAAAUUAAAAAUUUAAAUUAUUCAAUAGAAAAAAUGUCUAAAGAAUAUAAACAUAAUGAAGAAAGUCGAAAACAAUUGGAACUACAAUUAGAAUUAAUUAAAAUUGAAAAUGAGUGUCAACAAAUAAUUCCAAUAGCUAUUGAUAAGGAGAGAGAAGAACACGUUCAAUCCCCUUUUGAGGAUUUUCCUUCUCCAAAAAUUUAUUCUACUUCAGCCGAUAGCAGUUCCGGUAUAAGUUCUUCAUUAAAAGGAAUAAUAAAUGAAGGAAGUUUAAAAGAGAAUAAUAAACAAAUUAAAGCUCAAGAAAAAUUAAAAGAAUGUCGGCAAAAAAUAAAACAAUUAAUCCAAACAACAGAAAAAUUGCAAAGAGGGGAAAGAUUAAAAGGAGAGGAUUUAUUUGGUCUGUUUAAUAAUUUUAGAAUUAAAAAAUAA